AUGGCACUUCUCCGGUUACCUCUCCUCCUCGCACUUUUCUGUCUCGUAGAUACCCUCGUCGUCGCCCAGUACUCGGCCUACGACUAUGGCUUCAACGUCAAUAAGCGAAUUAAGCGCCAGCUUGAUCCCCGUUCCACCAUGGUCGUGCAGGACAAAACCGGCGGCGACAUACAUGUACGCCAGGAGAUCCGCCAGAUUGAGCAGGACCGGGAACUGUGGACACUGUAUAUUUUGGGGUUGAGCAUGUUGCAGUACACGGAUCAGGCAUCGCCUAUGUCGUACUAUGGGCUUGCGGGCAACGAGAAUACUGGGUAUUGCGCCCAUUCGUCAGUUCUGUUCCCGACAUGGCACCGGCCAUACAUGGCCCUGUACGAGCAAGCUCUCUACGAAUUGAUUCAGACGAUCGCUACAUUUUGGCCCGACGACAAGAGACAGCGCUACGAAAGUGCAGCCCGCAGAUUCCGGCUUCCCUACUGGGACUGGGCGGCCACUCCCCCUUCCGGGGAGAGCGUUCUCCCUACAAGCAUUGGAGGAAACUCAUUCAUCGAUGUCGAUGGCCCCAACGGCUUCCAGCGGAUCGCGAACCCCUUAUUCAGCUACAGCUUCAAUCCUCUCGACAAGACAGUAUUUAGGUCAGACCCUUGGAAUGUCUGGACACGGACGCUCAGGAGUCCAUCGAGUAGUGGCCCAGACGCCCGGUCAAACAAUUCGCUGGUCGCCAUGAACUUGGACCAGAACCGUGCCUCCAUCGCUCAGCGCCUCUAUGCUUUGUUUUCGAGCAAUAAUAACUACGCCACGUUUAGCAACAAUGCAGCGGAAGGGCCGGAUGACUCGGUCGAAUCUUUACACGACACCAUCCAUAGUCUGGUCGGCGGUUUCGGGUUUAAUCAACCAGCUACCCAGCCUGGACACAUGGCCUACAUUCAGUUGUCCGCCUUUGACCCAGUCUUCUUUUUGCAUCACUGCAUGGUCGAUCGUAUCCUAGCUCUCUGGCAGGCGGUCCAUCCCAAUACCUGGGUUCCACCGUCGCGAGCGCGGUUGAACUCGUACACCACGCGGAGAGGCCAGCCCAUAGACUCCAACACAGCACUCACCCCCUUCUUCUCCCAUGACAACGGCACUUUCUGGACCUCGGACGGCAUCCGCGACCACACAAAGUUCGGAUACACCUACGCCGAGCUGCUCCCCGCCACGUCCAACAACGACACAUCACAGGCCCGAGCUAGUAGCACCAAGCAGGCGGUCAACCGCAUGUACGGCUCCUUCAGCCCAGCCAGCCUCUUCCUCAAGGAACUCCGCGCCCAGGACGCCGGCCUCGCCACCAGCCACAAGGCCCCGCACCACUCGCUGGUGCAGUCCAAGAUAUUUGUUGUCGGCGGCGACGGCGACAACAACGGCGACCGCUACCACGAGUGGACCGCCAGCGUGCGCGUCAGCGACCAGGCCCUCGACGGCGCCUCGGCCGUGGUCUUCUUCUUAGGCGGGGAGAUCCCCGCCGACCAGCAGCAGCAACAGCAGGGCUGGGCGUCCGCGGCAAACUAUGUCGGCGCCAUGGGCGUGUUCACGGCGGCGGCGGGCAUGGCGCACGAUCACGAUCACGACGCGCCCGUGUCGGGAAGCGUGCCGCUGACGGCCGCGCUGGUGGACAAGGUUGAGAAAGGGGAAUUGGCGAGCCUCGCGCCGGCGGAUGUUGAGCCGUAUCUGCGGGCGAACUUGAGGAGGGUCGUGCUGGGCUGCAGCGGGCAGGUGGUCGGUGAGCCGUCGUCGUGUCUCCGGGGGGUGGUUAUUCGGGUGGUGAGCUCGGUGGUGGCGGCGCCGUGGAGUGACGAGGAGCUGCCGCGGUGGGGGGAGGCGACGGUGGGGUUUGAGAUGUGUUGAGUUGAGACAUGUUGAGCGGAGUGGUAUUAUAUGUGACGGUCUUGGGGAGAGCGGCGGUUGUGUGGUCGGUUUGUUUAUGAUGAGCGCGGGAGCUGGGGGUUGGUAAUGGGUGUGCAAUAUCUGGGGUGCGUUUUCUUCUCGGUUGUGUGUUGGUUUGUUGGAGGAUAGGGAUGCGUAGCGUGGAGGGUGUUGUUAGUGAUUUGCUCUCCCCCUUAUCUGGCCUGCGGAGUAGCGUUAGGAAUUUACUGUUCCGCGCUAACUGACUGGAUACGGUGUUGGUGUGAAUGACGGCUAGUCCUUAAUUCUGUUAGCCUGUCUAUAACCUGACCUGAAGGUACUUCGAUGUCGUGGGAGGCGAGCGUUAAAACGACGAAAGGGAGAGAAAGGGAAACGAGACGGUAGCGGAGAAAUAGAG